AUGUUGAAGUUGCUUUUAAACACAGCUUUCCUUCUUUACCUGUCCAGGUAGCCUGUUUUCAUUUCAGUCUUAAUGAAAACUUUUAAAUUUACAUCUCAAGUUUCUUUCCAAAGCAGUCGAGAACUGAAACGAAUGGGGAUUGAACUGCUUUGCCUGUUCUUUCUAUUUCUAGGAAGGAAUGAUCACGUACAAGGUGGCUGUGCCAUGGGAGGGGCAGAGACCUGUGAAGACUGCUUACUUAUUGGACCCCAGUGUGCCUGGUGUUCUCAGGAGAAUUUUACCCAUCCAUCUGGAGUUGGAGAAAGGUGUGAUACCGCAGCAAAUCUUUUAGCUAAAGGAUGUCAACUAACUUUCAUCGAAAACCCUGUCUCCCAAGUAGAAAUACAUACAAAUAAGCCUCUCAGUGUAGGCAGACAGAAAAAUAGUUCUGACAUUAUUCAGAUUGCGCCUCAAAAGUUGACUCUUAAAUUGAGACCAGGCAGUGAACAGACUCUGCAAGUGCAAGUCCGCCAGACGGAGGACUACCCGGUGGACUUGUAUUACCUCAUGGACCUCUCGGCCUCCAUGGAUGAUGACCUCAACACAAUCAAAGAGCUGGGCUCCCUGCUUUCCAAGGAGAUGUCUAAAUUAACCAGCAACUUUAGACUGGGCUUUGGCUCUUUUGUGGAAAAACCUGUCUCCCCUUUUGUGAAAACAACCCCAGAAGAAAUCACCAACCCUUGCAGCAGUAUUCCAUACUUCUGCUUACCUACAUUUGGAUUCAAGCACAUUUUGCCAUUGACGAAUGAUGCUGAAAGAUUCAAUGAAAUUGUGAAGAAUCAGAAAAUUUCUGCUAAUAUUGACACACCAGAGGGUGGAUUUGAUGCAAUUAUGCAAGCUGCUGUGUGUAAGGAAAAGAUUGGGUGGCGGAAUGACUCCCUCCAUCUCCUGGUUUUUGUGAGUGAUGCUGAUUCUCAUUUUGGAAUGGACAGCAAACUGGCAGGCAUCGUCAUUCCUAAUGAUGGGCUCUGUCACUUGGACAACAAUAAUGAAUACUCCAUGUCAACUGUCUUGGAAUAUCCUACAAUUGGACAACUCAUUGAUAAACUGGUGCAAAAUAACGUGCUAUUAAUCUUUGCCGUAACCCAAGAACAAGUUCAUUUAUAUGAGAAUUAUGCAAAACUCAUUCCUGGAGCUACAGUAGGGCUACUUCAGAAGGACUCCGGAAACAUUCUCCAGCUGAUCAUCUCGGCUUAUGAAGAACUGCGGUCGGAGGUGGAACUGGAAGUGUUAGGAGACACAGAAGGACUCAACCUAUCUUUCACGGCUAUCUGUAACAACAGGGCCCCCUUCCCACACCAGAAGAAAUGCUCUCACAUGAAGGUGGGAGACACAGCUUCAUUUAAUGUGACUGUGAGUAUACCAAACUGUGAGAGAAGAAGCAGGCAUAUUACCAUAAAGCCUGUGGGGCUGGGGGACGCCCUAGAAAUACUUGUCCGUCCGGAAUGCAGCUGUGCUUGUCAGAAAGAGGUGCAAGUGAACAGCUCCAAAUGCCACAACGGGAACGGUUCCUUCCAGUGUGGGGUGUGUGCCUGCAACCCCGGCCACAUGGGUCCUCGCUGCGAGUGUGGGGAGGACACACUGAGCACAGACUCCUGCAAGGAGGCCCCAGAUCACCCCUCGUGCAGUGGGAGAGGCGACUGCUACUGUGGGCAGUGCAUCUGCCACUUGUCUCCCUAUGGAAACAUUUAUGGGCCUUACUGCCAAUGCGACAACUUCUCCUGCGUGAGGCACAAAGGGCUGCUCUGCGGAGAUAACGGCGUGUGUGACUGUGGCGAAUGCAUGUGCAGGCCCGGCUGGGCGGGCGAGUACUGUAACUGCACCUCCAGCACGGACUCCUGCGUCUCCGGGGAUGGGGUGCUCUGCAGUGGGCGAGGGGACUGCAUCUGUGGCAAGUGUGUUUGCACGAAUCCCGGAGCCUCUGGACCGACCUGUGAACGUUGCCCUACCUGUGGUGAUCCCUGUAACUCUAAACGGAGCUGCAUUGAAUGCCACCUGUCUGCAGAUGGCCAGGCCGGAGAAGAAUGUGUUGACAAAUGCAAACUAGCUGGUGCAACCAUCAGUGAAGCAGAAGAUUUUUCAAAGGAUGGUUCUGUUCCCUGUUCUCUGCAAGGAGAAAAUGAAUGUCUUAUUACAUUCCUAAUAACUACAGAUAAUGAAGGGAAAAGCAUCAUUCACAGCAUCAGUGAGAAAGACUGUCCAAAGCUCCCAAAUAUUCCCAUGAUUAUGUUGGGGGUUUCACUGGCUAUUCUUCUCAUUGGGAUCGUCCUACUGUGCAUCUGGAAGCUGCUGGUGUCAUUUCAUGAUCGUAAAGAAGUUGCCAAAUUUGAAGCAGAACGGUCGAAGGCCAAGUGGCAAACGGGAACCAAUCCACUCUACAGAGGCUCCACCAGUACCUUUAAAAAUGUAACCUAUAAACACAAGGAAAAACAAAAGAUGGACCUUUCCACAGAUGGAUAG